GCAGGUUAUGUGAGCCUAACUCACUAAUGUAGUCGACAGAUUGCAGUGGACGGGCUGGGCCGUUCAUCGCCUCCCUCUCUCUCUCUCUCUCUCUGUCUCUCUCUGUCUCUCUCUCUUUUCUUCUUUUUUUUUUAUCCCAGAGUCCCUCCUGCGUAUGCAUAUGUGCGACGGCCUGAUUUCAUAACGCAGUGAGGAAGAAGAGAGGAAUGGGGCUCUGAGAGGCGGAUGAACAUCAACCCCAUCGGUCGGCUCCACCGUGCAGAGCAGCAGCUGCAGCCGCCGUCUCCACCCCGCCGCUGUUCGCCGCCGGUGCCGCACAGAAGAGAUGCGCUAUAGCGGAGGCUGCUGCUGCUGCUGCUGCUGAUGCUGAUGCUGCUGUUCUUUGCGUCUUGAGCAUCAUCGACGCGACGGCCAAAGGGUGGGCACGGGGGGGCGCGCGGGGGGGGGGGGGAAUCGAUCUCCGGAGCCAGGGACACACGGCAGACAGGGCAGCAGAGGAUGGAGUUCAAGCAUCUGGUGGAGGCGGCGGAGAAGUGGUGCACCGGGAACCCGUUCGACUUGAUCUUCGCCGAGGAAAACGACGAGCGGCGGCUGGACUUCUACGCAGAGCCCGGCGUCUCGUUCUAUGUGCUGUGUCCCGGCGGCACCGACACAUUUCAUGUUUGGAGCGAGAGCGAGGACUGCCUUCCAUUUCUGCAGCUGGCCCAGGACUACAUCUCCUCCUGCGGGAAAAAGACUCUGCUGGAGGUGUUGGAAAAAGUCUUCACGUCCUUCAGGCCUCUGCUAGGUCUUCCAGACAUUGAAGAUGACAGCUUUGAGCACUACCAUGCAGACAUGGAGGGGGAGCCUGGGUCCGACCACCAGCAGAUGGGGGUCAGCCAGCAGUGACGACCCGCCGAGAGGACCCCCGAGCCCGGGCAUGACUGCUCCUGAAGACUUGGGCCUUGAUACCUUCGCUCACUUAACAGCACACAGUCUUGCAAACUUAUAGUUGACAUGCUGAACUAUCACCACCUUGUUCUUGAAUGUUUCAGUGGCUUUGCUUUCCAAAGACUGCACUUUGUUGACCUCCCCGACCCCGUCCUUUUCUAAAAGACACACAGAAGUUUGCAUUUUCACACAUUAGGACUUUGUAUUGACUUCCAUUCGUUUUAGUAUGAUGACAUCUAUGCCUAGCCUUACCAACAACUCUUACCCUGACAAUUACCAGUAUAUUUGCAACGCUAGCCCCAACCAAAACUGGAUUCACACCAUACCUCUAAACCUAACUCCUAACUCUAAAAAAGGGGGCCCACCCCACAUGUAACUCCCUAAAAACUUUUGGCAACAUUGGUCCCCUUGAGUCCUUUUUGGGUUUAUGGAAACAAAGACUUAUGGGGACUUGAGGGGACAUUGGUCGCCAUCAGUCUUGUUUUGGAGUUAUGGAGACUUAUGUGAACAAAGACUUAUAGGAACAUAAGUUUGUUUUAUGAGGACAUAAGUUUAAAAAAGAUCCUAAUUAGGUUACACAACCAAGUACAAAUACAAAUAUAUAUACAUAAACAUAUAUACACAUCACUCUUAUGCUUUGGAGUUAUGUGAGCUGUACCCAUGUACAAGUUAUAAUCAUUCACAGUCCGGUUAGUUAAAGUUCCACAUCACAGCAAUAUUAUAUCAGCUUUGUUAUGCAGAAAAACAUUCAGACGUUACAGCAAUAUGCACCCCAGCCUCCACGCCAACCUCGACCUGUGGAGGCGAAUGUGGGAGAUUGCUAACUUUUUCAGCCAGUCUGACAUAAACGACGCACAAAUAACCAACAACAGGGGGGAAAACUGACAGUUUUCCCCCCUGUUUCUCUUUCUAGGGCAAAGCAAAGGUCUAGCAGGUGCAGGAAAGAGAAAGGGAAGUGAGGAAAUAACGUGCAGUUAGUCGUGACACAGAUUCACGCUAGCAACAUCUAACAUAAACGCAGUCAUGUAGGUUAAGGUGAUUCCCUCGAUGCAAUCGCUCCUUUGUGUGGAUUAGAAAACUCUACAGCUUUUACCAGUAGCAUGGAUCAUUUUAAAGUGUUUGUUAAUGUUCGUAAAGCUGUGCAUCGAAAAUCAGUUACAAGUUGAAGAUCUUUUAGACCACUGUUGCUUUCUUAUGACUGUCACAAUAAAAGCCGUGCUGCAGCUUUAACCCUUCCUUAUUUGGGUGUCUUGUUGCCAUGCGACACCCAGCCUCUUGAAUGUUGUAGUCUUCCUGUUGGUCCGAGGUGUGCCUCUCUUCCUGGGCACCACCUGGAGAGAUAACCCUUGUAAAGCUCUUCCCACUCUUUUUCAUGAAAUUUUUUCAAUCUGUUGUGUCAUUUAGGGGUUGUUCAGAAUAGGUUUACAGAGGACACACCCGCACACCCCUGGACAGCAUGGGAGCAAAGGGUAACUAGAUACUGUUGGCCACCCGUUUUGUAUGGAACGCUAUCAGGCCAAAAACUUGUGACUUUCAUGUGUCUUCAAUGUUUCUACGUCAUUUACUGGAUUUAGGAGGUGGCGUAAACUACAGAAAAUCUGGCAUGCCCAACCAUAAUAACAAUAGAUUGACAGUGUGCAUCACCUGCAAGGUUUUUGAGCUUUCCAGAGUUUCCAUAAAUGAUCUUUGUUUGUACAAAUUUCUUAAAAGUCCCUAACUCAUCCAGCAGGUCAGGUUUGGACAUGGAGUCGUGAUUGAAGCAAGUUAGUCACGUCUGACAUGCAGGAGUUGAGGAUCACAUUAGCAACUAUGACGCACUAUGGUGCGUCAUAGUUUCCUACACGAAAGAUUAUACAUAACACCGUAAAAUGAGCUUAAAAUUACAACAUGUUGUUUCCGAAAUUCAUUAAAGCAAAAGCUCGCAGCUCCUGAAUGUCCCUCGUUUCUUUGGUCUAUCCAAAGUCAGUGAUGUUUCUUGACUGGUUGGUUGAAGGCAAAUGUCGUUGACGUGUGCUUAAUGCACAAGACAAUGCGCAAACACGUCGCUUCGCGCAAACAACACAUUUUUAAAGUAUGAGUCACAUGAAAAGUUAUGCGUUUUUGACCCUUCUGGCCUUCCAUAGCACUGCAAGACUUCCUUUCUCUUUCUAGGGCAAUGCAAAGGACUAAUGGCUCCUCUGCCAAGGUACUUUGAGUCCUAAAUGUUUUAUUACUACUAUCAUCAUCAUCAUGAUUUGGCUGUUUGAAUGUUUUCCAUGCAGUAUAUCCUUUGUCCUCUGACGUGUGUGACUUUGGUCAAUAAACGGUGUGAACUGAGAGAGA